AUGGCCGCCAAGGGCCCCAAGCAGACUCCUGAGGAGGCCGCUGCUCCCCCUCCCCCCGAAAUCUCCGUCGACUCCACCGCCUCUACCUCCUCCCUCGUCGAUGUCGACAUGCCGAGCGUACACACCGUCCCCCACGACUUCCUCGAGCAGGAGAUCCAGACAGAAACCCAGGCCGACCGCGUCGACCGCGAAGAGAAGGCCCGCGCCGAGGCCGACCUCGCCAAGAAGAAGGCCGCGUCCAAGGCCCGUAAGGCCGACUCGUGGCUCAAGCGCCAGUUCUCCUCCCUCUCCGACGGCACCGCCAGCGCCCUCGUCGUCUCCAACCUCGUCGGUGUUGUCGGCCUCAGCGCCUUCCUAGGAUACAAGGCAUGGGGUCUCUACGAGCGCGGCCGUCUGUCGUGGCAGAGCGUCGGCCUGGGCUUGGGCAUCCUUGGUGUUGUUGGUCUUGGAGAGGGUAUCUUUGGAAGCUACCUGUACAAGACCAAGGGCAAGAAAUAG